AUGCACGCGGUGUCCCGCGGCGGCGGCGACGGCGGGUUCGAUCGCCCGUGCAUAUACGCGCAAGUGGAGGGGGCGCCGCCGGACGGGGUGAAGACCGGCGGGGAGGAGAAGGAGAAGGAGGAGGAGGAGGAGGAGGAGGACGGCGGCGGCGGCGGCGGCGUCGGCGUCGACGACUUCGACGAGAUGACCGAGCUCAGGCUCGUCCCGACCGACCCCAGCGCGCUGGACGACGUCUUCAACACGAUGAGCGAGUGCGCGGCGAUGAACCCGGACGACGACGACGACGACGACGACGACGGCGGCGGCGGCGGCGGCGGCGGCGGGUUCUACUACGACGAGGCCGCCGUCGCCAACGGCGCGGGCGCGGCGGAGCGAGCGGCGGCGUUGGCGCGGCUCGACGCGUUGCUCGUGACGGACGGCGACGCCGGCGACGCCGUGGACGCCGCGAUCGCGAACGAUCCCGGGCGGUUCGAGGACGACGACGAGUGA